AUGAGGACCCCCGCCGCUGCUCUCCUGCUGCGACUGCUGCUCGAGUUGUUGCUCCAUUGCCGUCGUGCAGGCCUCGCCUCCUCCCCUGCUCACCGCGCCGACCACCCGUGCCGCCCGCAUGCUGCGCGCGCCCCGUGCGCCCGCGCCGUGGCCGGCCCCCACCUGGCCGCGCCGAAUCGCGCGCGCGCCUGCACCCCAUGCUCCUCGCCUCGCCCUGCUGCCUCCCUCCGCCGCGGCCUCCCUGCUCCCUUCUCCGCGCCCGCAGCCGCCCGCGGCCCAGCCCCUUGCUCCGCCGCCAAGCCCCGCCUCUGCCGCCCGUGUGUGUCACCCGCCGCCCGCACGCCCCGCGCUCAUCUGGAUUGGGCGAACGAACCCCCGUCCAGGACGCCGCCCCGAUCGAACCCAGUCGCCGCCGCCCGGAGCUCCACGGGCCUCGCCGGAGCCACCUCGUCGUCUACCCCGCCGGCCUGCCUUCCCCUACGCACGUCGUCCCCAUCCCCCACCUCGAACCCCGCUGCCUUUGCCCUACAAACCCUGGUGAGGACCCCCGCCGCUGCUAUCCUGCCGCGACUGCUGCUCGAGCUGUUGCUCCGCUGCCGUCGCGCAGGCCUCGCCUCCUCCCCUGCCCACCGCGCCGACCACCCGUGCUGCCUGCAUGCUGCGCGCGUCCCGUGCGCCCGCGCCGUGGCCGGCCCAUCCUGGCCGCGCAGAAGCGCGCGCGCACCUACUCCCCGUGCUCCUCGCCUCGCCCCUGCUGCCUCCCUCCGCCGCGGCCUCCCUGCUCCCUUCUCCGCGCCCGCAGCCGCCCGCGGCCAAGCCCCUUGCUCCGCCGCCGAGCCCCGCCUCUGCCGCCCGUGUGUGUCGCCCAUCGCCCGCACGCCCCGCGCUCGCGCGCCAGCAUGCGCCCGCCCGUCGCCGCUCCUGCUACUGCCGCGGCUAGCGGCGUUCCAUCGCCCGACCCCGCGUGCUCGCAGCCCCCCUGCUGCACCCGCAACUCGCUUGCCACCGCUCGUCGUCCCGCCGUUUACCGCGCCGCACCUUCGCUCCCAUCCCCGACGCCACCCCGGCGUGGCCUCGCCGUUGCCGCUGCCGCCCCAGGCGGCCGGCCUUGCCGUGCCCGUGGCCGGCGCCCCCCUGUCAAUCUGGGCAUCUCCCCAAUCGGGUCGGAUGCCUGUGCCUGUAAGCCGCGGCGCCCCUGCUCCCGCGAACCCGGCGCCCGCUAAGCCCCCCUGCCUAUGA